GGGAACUGGUGUCGGGACGGUUUUCAGCGACGCACACUGAGUGAACUUUCACCCGUCCAGUUGGUUUAUUGUUUUGACUUAACAGGUUCUAUAAGUGAUUCGGCAGAAAGAGCAAUUUAAAACAUUUAUUAAUCCCGAGGAUUUACUCAAACGAGUACAUGUGGGGGAAGCAAUGAGCGCGUGGACCGGAUCCCGGCGUUGCUGUUGACAAAGAUGCUUUCUCCUCGAUAAGCUAGCGUUAGCUUUGGAAACAACAUGACGACGAUGAUGAGGAUGAUGAGGAGGAGGAGGAGGAACGGUGUUUGAGAGCGACUGACCAGACAUCGGAUCGCGCCGAUUUCCUGCUUGUCUAACACACAUUUCCAGGAUUAUCCUGUCUUUGUGUCUGCGUAGCUUCAAGACGGCUUUCUCACCCAAGCAAACGGAACUGAUUGUAUCCGAGGUCCACCUGCACGUUGGCUUUGAAGAGUGUUGGACAUUUGCAUCUCUGUAUUUUCGAUGGGCGAGGAAAAGCCGGACACGCUGGACUUUGUGAAGGAUUUCCAGGAGUAUCUGAGCCAGCAGACUCAGCAUGUCAACAUGAUAUCAGGCUCCGUCAGCGGGGUCAAGGAGGAGGACGAGCUGCCACCAGACUGCAGUCAGAAUGGACUGGAUCACCCCUCAGUGGACAUGUCGCUGGAGGACAGCUCAGGUAUCCUGGUGGAUGGUUUUGAGAGGACCUAUGACGGCAAGCUCAAGUGCCGCUACUGCAACUAUGCUACCAGAGGCACAGCAAGACUCAUUGAGCACAUCCGAAUUCACACAGGAGAGAAACCCCAUCGUUGCCACCUCUGCCCAUUUGCUUCGGCCUACGAGCGCCACCUUGAGGCCCACAUGCGAUCCCACACAGGUGAGAAGCCUUACAAAUGUGAGCUGUGCUCCUUCCGCUGCAGCGAUCGUAGCAACUUGUCGCACCAUCGCCGUCGACGCCACAAACUCCUGCCAAUGAAAGGCGCUCGCUCACUUUCCCACAAGAAGAUGUUGAGUGUUUUGCAGAAAAAGGCCAGCUCGCUGGGCUAUGGCCGGCGACUCCUCAUCAACUUCAGCCCCCCUUCUAUGGUGGCGCACAAGGGUGAAAAUGUGAACGACUUCUCGCACGAGCUGCCCCACUUACGUCAGGAGACAUAUGAUACUCAGGGUCACCCAGUGGAGGAGGGGCACUCAACAAUUCAAAAUCACCAUCGCCAUGAUAUGAUUAUGGAUAACCCACUGAACCAGUUGUCCACCCUGGCAGGCCAGUUGGCCAGCCUCCCUUCUGAGUCCCAGGACCAGACUCAACCUCCCAUGUCUCCAGGAGCAGAGUCUAUCGUCGACGAGAAGCCCUUCCUCAUCCAGCAGCCCCACCCUGCCACAGCUCCCUUAGCUGUGUCUGCCAGCGUGGUCCAUGCCUCCUCCUCUUCACCAAUCACCCCCGUGUCCCGGGCUCCUCCCCACAGCAAUUGCAGCCCUGGAGGGGAACCCUGCAGUGAGCACAGUGGGCGCACCAGUACCCCAAGUAUCUUCAACAGCCAACCCAGUACACCGGCCCCAGGCCUGUCUGUCCCACUCCAGGACCCCCACAUGCUGCAUCACUGCCAGCACUGUGACAUCUACUUCCCCGACAACAUCCUCUACACCAUCCACAUGGGCUGCCAUGGCUACGAGAACCCAUUCCAGUGCAACAUCUGCGGCCACAAGUGCAAGAGCAAGUACGACUUUGCCUGCCACUUUGCCCGCGGGCAGCACAAGUAAUUGAUGAAUGCUUUGAAAUAACUUUUUUUGGACAUUUUUUUUUGUUUUGAUAAUUCCAUAGUAAUUGUAUUUAUUGGUCUUUUACCUGGCCUUGAUGUAGCCUAGCCUUUGAAAGUUGUACAAUGUCAACAUUCAGAUGGUUUCAUUUUGUAUAAUUAACAGUGACCAUUUCCGUGUAUUAUAAAGGGAUGGUCAGUGUUUUCAACAGGUUGAGAAAUAAUUUGUCGUGUCAUAAAUCAACACUAAGUUAACUAACAAAAAUUACUUGCAUUGUACUUAUAUAGGUACAAUUGUACCUUUUUUUUUUUUUUUUUUGUUUUUUUGUGCAAGCUAAAUAUUGCUCUGAUGAUACUGUUGCAGGAGUGGACCUGUUGGCCUCGAGGGAGCUUCCUUUUAGCCUUGUUGAAAUUAUUUCAGUGCUUGGUGCAUUCCUACUAUUCUUUGCAGUGCCUGACAUAGUCACUUUCUUGUGUGUCCAAGAUAGAAUGGACUGUUACUUUGAAGAUUAAUAGAUGUUAUUACAAUAUCCUCUUCUUGCUGUGAUUAAUAGGCCCAGAACCUUAGAAAAAGAGUUUGGCCAUUGUAGUUUUCUAUGGUAGCCAUUAUUUUUUUGCCAAAAUUCUACUACAUAAAUGCUGCUAAGACACUUUGGAAUCUAAAAUAUGUGGAUGGCAACUACCUGGCCAAGCGUUGUAUCGGUGGUUUUAGGUCAGCCAGUUAAGUUGUCAAACUAGAUUUAGUAGAAGUUGGGUUGUUCCUUCACUCAGUGCCCUUCCUUGACCAGCAUCAUGGUAACUUCACGUGUUUGGUUAAAAGGGUUUUGCCUAUCCUUUUAAUUCCAUCAUGUCACAUUCUGGUGUUUUGAUAUUGUACGAAGUCACUUUGAUAUCCAGUAUCUGCGUAUUUAGGACAUAAUCAUCAAGUCUUGUGUCUCAUGUCAACAGUCGUUCAGAAUUGCCACGUAGCACUGGGGAUGCCACGUUUUUGCCUUUUGUGAUAAUAACACACACCGAGAGUCUCCAUUUAUCAAAUGUAUCCCAGUGCUUUUCUGAAUAUUUACUGAGUAUUGUAUUCCGAGUUGUUGGAUAGAUGUUCAGUGUCAAAAAAAGCAAUCCCAUGUCGCAGUGAUACUGCUACUUUAGCAAGAUUGUUCUUUGUCUUUGGUACUGUUGUUUGUUGCUUAGCAACAUGGGUGGAGAACAUUGUUACUGUUUUUAGGACCAGCUCCGUGUUGCCAUGCUUACCAGUAACGGGCAUUCGGUAAUGACUGCCUUAUGUUCUCUCUGUGUGUCGUAGGUUCAUAUAAUGUUGAAGCCUGAUGGCGAUCACUCUCCCUCUCCUCUGGGAUGGAUUAAUCUUACUAAUUUAUAAGUAAAGUGUUUUCUAACUGA